AUGCAUCAAGAAAAAAGAAGGCAACAACUUCAAAUCUUCUUUGAUGGAGCCACAUGGAAACUUAACGAAAAGUCAGCAGAUACAAUUUUCAAUUUAGUUCAAUUAUUUGAAGAUUUUCCUGAACUCAACAAAUUUGUUCAAGGAUUUCUUUGCGAAAACUUCAUUUCGGUGAUUAGAUCAUACUUCCCAAUGUUUAUUUUCUUAUGGAUGACCGCUUCCUUCAACCAAGUUUUUAGUAUUUGCUUAACAAUUUUUAUUUUUUACGUAAUUUUCAUAUUCGCAAUUCAAAAAGUUCCAAAGCGUGAUAUAUCACCAAACUCAGAAGGACUUCAUAUGGCCCUCAGCUUCUAUUUUACAUAUCGAAGAAUUUAUGCUUACAUGAGUUGGGGUAAAGCCAUUUUGAUGACUCUAGUCUUACUUUUAGCAUUCUUUGGUUUCCCUCCGAUAAUUACUGCCAUAUUAAUUCCAACAGGUGUUUGUUCCAUAUUAUUAGAGACAGAAACUAGUGUUGGAAGGAUGCGUGUUAUGAUAAUGUAA